AUCACGUGACAAGACUACUGAACAUUAUUGCUUGGGUGAUUCAGUUCAAAAUAUCGUAGAAAAUCGUUAAUUUUUAUCUCUUUAUCUUCAUGUCACAAUAAUGAAGUCAUAUUUUAUCGUAUUACUGGCACUUUCUUUGUUACGUUGCUCCAAACCAAGAGAAAUCAGUGAAAUGGAAAGACGCUCAACUCAAAUUAUUCUGGUGGGUGCUACUGGAGAUUUGGCUAAAAGAUAUCUCUGGAAAGGGUUGUUGGAUCUAUAUAUACAACAAAGUAGCCCGGAAAAAAUAAUCAAGGUAUAUGGAGCGGCUAGAAUGGAUCAAGAGAAAGGAAAAAGCCACUUGAAAGGCAUAUUAGAAUCGACUUUGAAGUGUCCUUUGACUAAUAAGGACGAGCAUAUGAAAGACUGUGGGGAGAAAGUUGUUCAGUUGAAACAGCAAGUCAAAUAUUAUAAGCUAAAGACUGAUGAUGAUUAUGAAACACUUUGUAAGGACCUUAAUGCUGAGGUGCCUCAAGAAUCUAAGGCCCUGGGACGUAUWUUUUAUCUCUCUGUGCCACCCUCUGCAUAUAGUUCCAUUGCCAAGAGUAUAAACAAUCAUUGUAGGCCCCGUGGUCUUAAAGAUGUUAAUGAUACUUACAUAAGGAUAAUAUUAGAAAAACCAUUUGGCUCUGAUUUAGCAUCUGCGAAAAAACUUGCACAAGAUCUGCGGCAGUUUUUCAAGGAGGAAGAGAUAUAUCGCAUCGAUCACUAUCUCGGCAAAACAGGGGUGGCUCAAAUUAUGAAGUUCAGAGUUGAACACAGAAAUAAAUUUGGUAGUCUUUGGAACAGAGAUUGUAUAGAUAGUGUUGAAAUAGCUAUGAAAGAGAAAGAAGAUUGUAGAGGCAGAACUAGGUUUUAUAACGAGUAUGGUGUCAUUCGUGAUGUCAUUCAAAACCAUUUAACUGAAGUAUUAUCUCUUAUUGCCAUGGAUACCCCAAGUGAUAUCAACAAUAUUACAGAAAUUCAUCAAAAAAAGAUUAGGUUUUUACGAAGCGUUAAAACAUUGCAUAGGUAUAGUGCUAUUACUGGUCAAUAUGGAGAUUAUGUGAAGGAUUGUGAGUUGGAUCAUGGUAAACCUGUUCCAUCCAGUCAUGAAACACCUACCUUUGCUGCUGUACUUCUUUUUCUUAACAACUCAAAAUGGAAUGGUGUGCCGUUUGUCUUGCUGUCAGGGAAACAUCUGGAAGAAAGAACAGCAUAUGUGAGAAUUUUUUUUAAAAAGAAAUACACCAUGAAAUCCAGCCAUGAUCAUUGCUUUUUAGACCAGCUGAUAUUUCAUAUACAAGGUGGAGACUUGGAGAAGCCUGCUCUAAUCGUAUCAAAAAGUUUACCAACAGUUUCUGAGUUUUCUGGCUGGAAACUAACGAGUUCUAAACCUGAUUAUUUAUAUGACUGCCUUGGUAAAUCCUUUAAUGUAUUUGAACCCUUUGUAUCCCAUGAUGCUUAUAGUGCUUUAAUAAAAGCAGCAUACCAUGGAAAACAAGAUCUGUUCAUCAGCACUGAAGACCUCAUUGCAUCAUGGGAAAUUUGGACGCGAUUAUUAGACAGCCUUAAGUCUGUAAUGCCUAGAAUCUAUUCUAAAGACACCCUUGAAACUCUUGAUUUCUCCAUCAGAGGUCAAAGACUUGAGUUUGCUCAACCUUUUAAAGAUGAGAGUUGUUCAAGAGGUGUACUAGAUAAUUAUGGUAGUUGUGAGCCAGAAGAGAGGUCAAGCAAUAUGUACAAGAAAAGUUUAUUCAGACAAAGAUCUCUUGUUACUGGCUCUAGCGAUGAAGUAGUUAAGACAUUAGCUGAAAAUCUCCUUCUACAGGCAUCAACAGAAGUUAUAAGGAGUGGUGUUUUUCACUUAGCUCUGUCUGGUGGAUCAAGCCCACUUGCUCUGUUUAAACAUUUAGCAUUUUUCUGCCCAGAUUUUCCUUGGCAUGGCACUCAUAUCUGGUUAGUAGAUGAACGAUGUAAGACCCUCACAGAUAAACAUUCAAAUUACAGAUUUAUUUAUGAUAAUCUUCUAAGGUAUGUUCCAGUACCCAGUGUUAAUGUUCACCCAAUGCCUGUGAAAAUUAAGAAUGGUUUGUGUGCAGUGAGUGACAGAGGUCACAAUCAUUAUGAAGCUGAGAUCAGAAGACUUCUAAGUGAUAAGAGCUUGGACUUUGUACUCCUGGGGGCCGGACCAGAUGGUCACACUGCUUCUUUGUUUCCUGGUUCAGAAUCACUCUCGGCAAGUGAUUGGGUGGUUAUGACUGAAUCAAAGCAUAUAGAACCCCAAGGAAAAAGAAUGACGAUGACUUACAACCUUAUAAACAAAUCCAAGUCCAUAGCUGUGCUUAUACUAGGAAACAAAAAAGCUGAUAUUGUUCAAAAACUUGCUGAAGAAAGUAAUCUAGUAAAUGUGAAACAAAUGCCAAUAGUUGGAAUCAGUCCAGAAAGCAAUAACCUAAUUUGGUACAUUGAUAAUAAAGCUAUGAAAAACUAUUAAUUAAGUUGCUUUCACAAGAAAUUGUUAAUGAUUACUAAUGCUUAAGGUAUCUUAUAUGAGUUAAAGAAUAGGUUUAUUGAUUUUUAAACAAUUAAAAUAAAAAUAAAUUAAAAUAA